CCUCCUGCCCGCAGAAAGCUGUCGAUCUUCGGCCUCGCGCUGCGGGACGGACCCCCCCCCCCCCCCCCCACCCGGAUCUAACCCUAACCCUACGGACCCUCUCCCCCAGCCCGGAUUCCCCCCCCUCGCUGCGAAAGGAAAACGCACGGAGGCCCGCAGUGCGCACGUAGCCUCCCGCAGGCCUCCCGCGCGGACCGCGCGAUUCCCGGGAAAAAUGGACGCGAGCACCGGAAGUCUGGACGACAGCAUGUCGGCUGCCAGUGUUUCUGACGUGACGGACCGCCUCUCGUCUCUGGAGCUGCGGGUCCAGCAGCAGGAAGACGAGCUGACGGUGAUGAAGGCGGCUCUGGCUGACGUGCUGCGACGGCUCAACACCUCAGAGGCUGCAACCGCAACCAAAAAACAGAGCACAGGGAAAGGUGGUGCUGCUCUGCGGGAAGCGUACUCCAUGUCCUGUAUCUCUAACGGAGGGACACCCGGCAGGAAGAGAGAGUCCACCUCUGUAACUAGGAAGGAGACGCUAGCCUCUGCUGCCAAGAGUGGUACAGACAGGAAGAAGGAGGUCAGCAGCCAGCGCUCUCAGAUGGAGGAGAUCCAGGAACGUGAGGAGCCUCCUCGCCCAAAAGACUCCCCUCCCUCCCCUUCCCCAUCCUCCCCCCAUCCCCCCCAGCAGAGACCAGCUCAGUCCGCUGACAGCAGUAAAGUCCCGACCCCCAAAAGGGGGCCCAGUGUAAAGCGGUCCUCGGGUAUGGAGCGCUCUCAGAGCAGCACCUGGGAUUCCUCCGAGGAGAACAGGAACAAACUGCAGAAAGCUGCGUCCACCUCCAGACUGCUGAACAAGGUGGUGAAGAAUGCUGAGAGACACAGAGACCCCGUGGUUAGUCAAGCCAAAAUGUCGACUCGAGAGAAAAACAGCCAAGCUGAGGGGAAUCACAUUAAGAUGUUCAUGCGAGGACGACCCAUCACCAUGUUCAUCCCAUCAGACGUGGAGAGCUACGAGGACGUUCGGACGGAGCUUCCUUCAGAAAGACUCAAGCUGGAAUGGGUGUAUGGUUACCGCGGCAGAGACUGCAGAGCCAAUGUGUUCCUCCUGCCAACCGGAGAAAUGGUUUACUUUGUGGCGUCAGUCGUCGUUCUGUUUAACUACGAGGAACGGACUCAGAGACAUUACCUCGGACACACCGACUGCGUCAAAUGUCUGGCCAUCCAUCCGGAUAAAAUCCGGAUAGCUACGGGACAGAUUGCAGGAGUGGACAAAGACGGACGGGCGCUGCAGCCUCACGUCCGGAUCUGGGACUCUGUCAGUCUUUCCACGCUGCAGGUCAUUGGGUUGGGAACCUUCGAGCGCGGUGUCGGAUCUCUGGCUUUCUCUAAAGCUGACUUGGGGCAGCACCUCAGUGUUGUAGACGACUGUAACGACCACAUGCUGACAGUGUGGGAGUGGCAGAAGAAGUCAAAGAUCGCAGAAAUCAAGACCACUAACGAGGUGGUGCUGGAUGUGGAGUUCCACCCCACCGACCCCAACACCAUUGUCACCUGUGGGAAAUCCCACAUCUUCUUCUGGACCUGGAGUGGGACCUCACUGGCCCGAAAACAAGGCAUCUUCGGGAAAUACGAGAAGCCGAAGUUUGUGCAGUGUUUGGUGUUCCUGAGCACCGGGGACAUCCUUACCGGAGACUCGGGGGUCUUGCUAGUGUGGACCCGCAGCGCUGCUGAGACCCCCCCGCCUGGGAAGGGCCCACGAGCAUUUCAGAUCAGCCGGCAGAUCAAGGCUCAUGAAGGCAGUGUGUUUUGUGUGUGUGAGACGAGGAGCGGCAGUCUGCUAACCGGGGGAGGAAAAGACCGGAAGAUCAUCCUGUGGGACCAGGAAGUGAGAGCGGAGCGGGACAUAGAGGUUCCGGAUCAGUACGGAUCCAUCCGAGCGGUUGCUGAGGGGAAAGGGGAUGAGUUCCUGGUCGGAACAUCUCGUAACUUCAUCCUCAGAGGAACCUUCAACGACGGCUUCCUGGUGGAGGUCCAGGGUCACACAGACGAGCUGUGGGGUUUGGCCUCCCACCCAUCCAGAGGGAUGUUCCUGACCUGCGCUCAGGACCGGCUGGUCUGCGUCUGGAGCGCUGACGAGCAUCGGCUGCAGUGGAGUCGCACGCUGGAGGAACACGGACACUGUGCAGACUUCCAUCCCAGCGGAGCAGUGGUCGCUAUAGGAACACAUUCAGGAAAGUGGUACGUCCUGGACGCAGAAACCACAGACCUGGUGUCGAUCCACACCGACGGAAACGAGCAGCUGUCAGUGAUGCGCUUCUCUGUCGAUGGCGCUCUGUUGGCGGUUGGAUCUCACGAUAACCUUAUUUACCUCUACACCGUCUCUGAGAGAGGACGCAAGUACAGCCGCUACGGGAAGUGCACGGGUCAUUCGAGCUACAUCACACACCUGGACUGGUCACCUGACAACAACUUCAUCAUGUCCAACUCUGGAGACUACGAGAUCCUGUACUGGGACGUUCCAAACGGCUGUAAGCUGAUCAGAAAUCGCUCCGAGUGCAAAGACAUUGACUGGGCCACCUACACCUGCGUACUGGGGUACCACGUGUUCGGUGUGUGGCCUGAGGGUUCAGACGGCACCGACAUCAACGCUCUGAUCAGAUCUCACAACAGGAAGGUGAUCGCUCUGGCAGACGACUUCUGUAAAGUUCACCUGUUUGCCUACCCAUGCUCCACCCCCAAGGCUCCCAGCCAUAAGUACAGCGCUCACAGCAGUCAUGUGACCAACGUCAGCUUCCUGUAUAACGACAGUCACCUGGUCUCCACGGGAGGGAAGGACACCAGCAUCAUGCAGUGGCGUUUGGUGGAGAGACCCCCCCUCUCCCUCCCUGACGGGCAGCUCUCUCUCUCAGCCCCUGACUUCAUCCCACCCCCUCUAUCCGUAACCACGCCCAAUCUCUCAGCAGCCACACCCGCACAGGAACCCAUCUCUCUCCCAACGGCCAAUGGGACCCAGGAACCCUCCCCGGACACCCCGCCCCCUCCUGCAUUGUCCCCGCCCCCUUCAGAUCUGACCCCACCGCCCUCUGACAGCAGUGUGAGUCUGAAGGACAGCCUGGAUCCGAGCGACGACACUGCUACGCCCAGCGAUGAGGGGCUGCCCCCCCUCACCUCUUAAGAGUGUGUGUGGCUGUUGGUACAGCUAUCUUUGUGAGGACCAGCCAGACAUUGUGAUUGAAUGUUCUGUGUGUGUGUGUGUGUGUGUGACAUCAGGUGACUUUUUCUCCAAUCAGAGCAGAGCAGUAACACAGGAAGUGGACCUGAAGUCUUGAGUGAGUUUCAGAAACUGGUUCUCUUUACAUGUUGGUUUAGCAGUACUCAGACAUUUUGACUCAGUUUUAUUGCUGUUUUUGAUGAAAAUAAACAGUAACUUGGAACUAGCUGCAGGACGUUUAAAACAAGAAACUGAUUCUCUCCUUUGACUGGACUUUGUUGGGCUUUUAUUUUGUUAAACCGCCUAACUUCUUAGAGACAUUUCUCAAUCAAAUCCCUCUGGGGAAGGGACAUAACUGCGGGAGGCUUUUAAUGUGAAACAUGCAGGAAACAUGAACCACACCCAGAAGCAUGCUGGGAACAUUUUAACGCUCACCGUCUGGCCAGUGGACCCAGGAGGGCCUUCAAAAUAAAACGCCGCCGCCUGAAGGAGCUCCAGAGGAAACUGUGACUUGGUGAUUUUGAUGUCAGUUUGUAUAUGCUGCAGAGAUCUGUGUGUAUAUUUCUGUUACCACCAGGGGGCAGCAGCUCCUCAGCUACACUGUAAAAACCACAUUUAAUCUCUCAGCCAAUCAGGGUUCAGGACAGCUGCUCCUCUGCUUGUUUUCAGUGACUGAUUGAGUGACUGCUGAUGUGUGUUUCUCAUGGACCAUCUCUGUUUAUUGUUCUGUCCAAAAUCUUUCUGACUGUCAUCACCCCACGGGGGCUCAUUCAUGUUUUGCCUUUUUAAUACUUUUUAUCUGUAUAUCUCCAUCUCUCAUCUCUUUAUAUCUCCAUCUUUAUAUUUUCAUCUCUCAUAUCUUUAUAUCUCCAUCUCUCAUAUCUUUAUAUUUUCAUCUCUCAUAUCUUUAUAUUUUCAUCUCUCAUAUCUUUAUAUUUUCAUCUCUCAUAUCUUUAUAUUUUCAUCUCUCAUAUCUUUAUAUUUUCAUCUCUCAUAUCUUUAUAUUUUCAUCUCUCAUAUCUUUAUAUCUCCAUCUCUCAUAUCUUUAUAUUUUCAUCUCUCAUAUCUUUAUAUCUCCAUCUCUCAUAUCUUUAUAUUUUCAUCUCUCAUAUCUUUAACUCUUUAUAUCUUCAUCUCUCCAUCUUUGAUAUGAUUUUUAUUUGCCCCUUUACAUAUCUUUUAUAUCUUUAAUCUUUUUAUCUCCCAUCUUUCAUGUCUUCAUUUUUUCUAAUCGGCCUCUGGGGUGCGGGGUUGGGGGGGGGCGCAAUGGGUGGGGUCUGUCUGUUAAUUUUACAGUGUUCGGUAACCAUAACGAUGUUCAUGUGACUUUUUUGAGCCAAUCAUGUUUUCUCUAAUUCAUUCCUGUCAGACGACAGACUGUUUUGAAGAUUUCAACAAAAAAAUGCAAAUAAAUACUAAAAACGG